UUCGUUCUUCGUUGUGCUUAGAGGUAUGGUCACUACUCUCUUUAGAGCUGUCAUAGAAAAACAUCAUGGAACACAAAAUAUUUGCAUCAGAUUCACCGAUGAAGGGGCAUCUGUUAGUAGUAGUAGUGGCACUUGGUCUGAGCUUAGCAACAGCCGAUUCCAGCUAUGAUUAUUUUCGACUGCCGACGGCUCUUUGUCCUCAAAAAUACGAAUUGCGCAUCUUGACUCAUCUGGAAAAUCCCGAGGACCUUCGAUUCAGCGGCAAUGUGAAAAUCGUAAUUGAAGCCCUGCAGAACACGAAGAACAUAACUCUUCACUCAAAGAAACUUUCCAUUGAUGAGACUCAAAUCACUCUUCGCCAAAUUAGCGGGGAUCAAAAGUCUGAUAACUGUGUGACCUCCACAGAGGUGAAUCCCACCCACGACUUCUAUAUCCUCAACACCUGCCAAGAUCUGUUGGCUGGACUUGUCUAUGAGCUGAAUUUGCGCUUUUCCGCCAAGCUAAUAGAUCAACUGGAGGGUUACUAUUUGAGCUCCUACGUGAAUAGUCUGACAAAUGAGACAAGAUGGAUUACGGUUACUCAAUUUGAACCUGCUUCGGCUCGAUUGGCAUUCCCCUGCUUCGAUGAGCCCGGUUAUAAGGCACCCUUCUUGAUCACGUUGGGUUAUCACAAGAAGUUCACGGGACUCAGCAAUAUGCCUGUGAAGGAAACUAAGUCACAUGAAUCUCUUCCCGAUUACAUUUGGACCGAAUUUCAAGAGUCAUUGCCAAUGUCCACUUACCUGGUGGCAUAUUCCAUUAACGAUUUCUCCCACAAGCCUUCUACUCUGCCAAAUGGCACUCUUUUCAGGACUUGGGCUAGGUCUGAUGCCGUCGAUCAGUGUGAUUAUGCCGCAGAGUUUGGUCCAAAAGUAUUCGGCAUCAAGUUCCCUCUUCCGAAGGUCGAUCAAAUCGCGGUGCCCGACAUUACUCCAAGUGGCAUGGAAAAUUGGGGUCUGGUGAUGUAUGAAGAGAGUUCCCUCCUGUAUUCCGAGAAAUAUUCUGCGCUGGAGGACAAACAGUCCAUCGCGAAUGUGAUUUCUCAUGAGUUGGCUCACCAGUGGUUUGGUAAUUUAGUGACUAUGAAGUGGUGGACUGAUCUGUGGCUCAACGAGGGAUUCGCUACUUAUGUAGCCAGCCUGGGCGUGCAAAACAUCCAUCCGGAGUGGCACUCAAUGGAGCAGGAUUCGUUUUUCAACCUUGUAGUCAUUUUUAGAGGGGACUCCCUGAUAAGCAGUCAUCCGAUUUCAAGACCCAUUGAAAUGGUUUCGCAGAUUUCGGAGAGUUUCGAUGAGAUAUCGUAUGAGAAAGGAUCGUCUGUGCUUCGCAUGAUGCACUUAUUCCUGGGGGAGGAGGCAUUCCGCUCCGGUCUGAAAUCGUAUCUAGAAAGGUACGCUUAUAAAAGUGCAGACCAGGAUAAUCUUUUGGAGUCACUCACUCAAGCUGCCCACAAAAAUGGUGCACUGCCAAAGAAUUUCAAUCUCAAGACUAUCAUGGACUCGUGGACGCUGCAAACCGGCUAUCCCGUGGUCAAUGUAGUCCGUGAUUAUACGGCAAGGAAUGCGAAACUCAGUCAAGAACGCUACCUCCUGGAUACCGAUAUAUCGAGAGCUGACAUCGAUGCAUGUUGGUGGGUUCCUCUGAGCUACACCUCCCAGGAAGAGAAGGACUUCAACAACACGGCUCCUAAGGCGUGGUUAGAGUGCAGCAAUACCGGGGAGAGUCUGCCCAAGACUAUUCAUGACCUUCCAGGACCCGAUCAGUGGGUUAUCUUCAAUAAUCAGCUGUCAUCACCAUACAAGGUCAACUACGAUGCCCAGAACUGGAAACUUCUGAUCCAGACUUUGAAUAGUGAGGAGUUCCAGUCCAUCCACGUGGUCAAUAGAGCCCAGCUUAUUGACGAUGUCUUCAACUUUGCCUGGACAGGAGAGCAGGACUACGUUGUUGCACUACAACUGAUUAAUUAUCUGCAUAGAGAGAGGCAGCUUCUUCCUUGGCGAUCUGCCAUGCUAAAUCUAAGGAUGAUUAGUAGAAUUUUUCGAAAGACUCCGAACUUUGUUUUCUUUAAGCGCUACCUAAGAAGGCUGAUCACACCGAUCUAUGAAGACCUGAAGGGCAUUAACAAUACAGAUACCUCGACCCAACAGCAGGAUAAGAUCCUUCUAAAGAGGUCGGUGGCGAGCUUUGCGUGCUGGCUGCAGGUAUCCGAUUGUGUACCCCAGGCGUUGACCUACUUCCGCAACUGGCGAUCUGUGUCCAAUCCCGACGAGAACAAUCCAGUGCCGAUCGGCGUUCGCAGCGUUGUGUACUGCACUGCUAUUAAAAGUGGCAGUGAUGAGGAUUGGAAGUUCCUGUGGACGCGGUACCAGAAGUCCAAUGUGGCGGUUGAAAAACAGACCAUCAUGGACGCUCUGGCCUGUUCGAAGGAGGUGUGGUUGCUCCAGCGUUAUCUGGAGAGGAUCUUCGACCCUAAGGGAGACAUUCGAAAGCAGGAUUCGGCAAAUGCUUUCGGUGCAAUUGCAUCAACUGACAUAGGUUUUCUGUUGGCCAAGAAGUACCUUAUGGACAACGUGGACUCAAUCUUCAAAUUCUACCAUCCCCAGUCCGAAACUAUGUCUGAACUUCUGUCGCCGUUUUCCGAUCAAAUCUUUGCCCGAAAAGACUAUAACGAGUUCAAAAGCUUUAUCGCCAAUUCUCAAGAAAAGUUCAAGGGUGUGGAUCAGGCAGUCCAUCAAAACUUGGAGAUAAUGCUGACCAACGUGCAAUGGAAAGAGCGAAACUAUGAACAGUUCACUCAAGCACUUCAACAGCUUCUGUAGUCUAUCCGGUUCAGUUAUCUGUCAGAUUUUUAAAAGAAGUCACUUUUAGUAUUUUAAGAUUUCAAACUAAAUAGUUGAAUAAAAUACAUAAACAAACAUUUCUUACAUAUUAAACAUUUA